GUCGUUGUGGUGGAGUUCUGAUUCUUUGAUUUCAAUAUCCAUUUGGAUUCAAGCUCAGAGGCGGAGAAGCAGAUCCAAAAUCGAUGAUCUCUGUAACCAGAUCGAGACGAAACAAGAGCAUCGAAGCUCGUCGAAACCAUCAAAUCAGUGAUAUGUUUUGUUUGCUCAUUAAGAAAAGCAACGACACAUUUUACACUUCACAGAGGUAGAUGAAUUGGCAGUACUUGGGACAAACUACAAUAGAUCCAUUGUCAGAGAUGGAGGCUCUUUCCAUCAACGCACCAACUCAGGAUUCUACUUUGCCCUCCGGAGUAAAAAUAAGCGAGGAGGUCGAAAAAAGAUACAAUGUACAAUAGUUAGAAGAGUUGGCGAGCAAUGCAUACAUGAUGAUGAGCUGAGGGAUCUUCUGGCUAAGAAGGCUGCAAUACAUGAUGAUGAGCUGAAGGAUCUUCUGGCUAAGAAGGUCAGAUGUGCUUCUCAUUCUCUGGAGCCGUUGGGUGAGAAGAAGACAAUUUCUUAUUUUUAUACAUCAAACAAAUUUCUUGUAAUUUUCAUUCAUUUUCUAAACAUUAAAAAGAUAAUGUGUUC